GGGCACAGGGCUGGGCGCGACCGUUCGUCGAUUGGGCAGCAGGCGCCAACCAACGCUGCGUGCUGUGCAGCGGACGGUUUCAUUUUCCCACCUUAUUGCCCACUUUCGAACUUUUGCAGUGGAGCCCGUCCACCGCUAGCUUGUUCUUCGAGAAUCCGUGAGUCCAUCGCCAGCGCCGGACAGGAGCCUGCGAACGGAUGCCGUCUAGCCCUUUGCGGCCCGCCGAGUCCUGCAAUGCGGUGAGGGUCCUCGACAACAGGACCCCUGGCUUGUGGGCAGAGGGCAACGUGGUUGGAUGGGGCUCCCGAGAAGGAUGGCGGACGAGGGGCCCGAGGGGGCCGUGGGGGUACCACUGGGGGGAACUUUUUUUUUUUUUCUCGCCUUUUUUUUUCUGGCCCUUCCCUUCCCUGCGCGCAGCGUACAUAAUGAUUGCAGAUCGUAUCUGGAUGAGUUGCGGCGGGGCGGGGGUCGGGCAGCUCUCGUCACAAGCCUCAAUCUCGCAUGCAAACGGUUUCAUCUCGUCAACGGCACGCACAUGUGGAUGAGAUGAUGACAGCAAUAGGGCAGGGAUGGCGGUGUGGUCAGCGAAAGAUCCAAGGGUAUGGCAACCGGAACGCUGGAUAGCGCGCCAAGGCGGCCGCCAUGCUC